AUGAUUGAGGUCAACAACCUCACAAAUAUACGUGGGGAUACUGGAAGUCGUUUUGACCAGCCAAGUUCCCCCGGGAAAACGCAUUUGCCCGUUGUGGGAAAAAAAGGUGUCGCAAGAAGGGAGGAAGCAGCGAACACCACCGCCGUUCCCGGCCCUGCUGCUGCUGCUGCUGCUGCUGAUGGUGCCAUAACCACUUUCUACAAUGAAAGCUUAGAUCCACAUUCAAAGAUGACGGACGAGGGGAGUACAAUCCAAAUGUGGGCGGCGCGGAAUCCUUCACUGGACGGAAUACGUGGCUGCACAAUUAAAAGUCCUGAAGUGAGUCUGCGGGCAACGACGAAAACACAUGGCUCUCUUGGGACCAAAUACAGAAGGGGCUCCGCGUUUUUCAUGCAGGCAUCACCCAUGAGCACCACUUUGGGGCGAGAAGAGGCAGUGAUGGGUCAUGACUUGUACCUGCAACUUUGCUAUGAGCGGAAGAUGCGACGGCGCGAUCCUCGACACGGAUUUCCCAAGAGGGGAGAGGACUACAUCUACUACAAUCAUCGGAGCAAAGGCUGCUACAUCCCGCGUAAGGCUAACAAGGACGCCCUAACCCUAACCUACAACCACAUGUUUGACUUCUCCGAUGGGUUUCGAUUUUUGUGUAAUGGGGAUACUGAACCACCACGGCCUAACCCCAGUGUGGUUAACGUACAUACUGGCGAGUUCAAGUCACUCAAUAAAACAGACUUGAAAAAACUUGCAGAGAGUGCCUUCCUUAGAGAAGGCUACUCCAUACCAGGUCACCGUCCCCCCUUAACCUCAACACGAAGUUCAAAAUAUCAGGCCGCCAAAACCAUCUCCGUUGACUUAGCACAUAGCUUGCGUGUUUCUGAUCUACGCAUUAAACCUUUUCAAAAGCGUGUGAAUAUUGAAGACGUCAUCGCGAAAGACAGUAAACACGUGGCGAAAGUGAUGGAUGGGGUCAGCAGCGUAGUGGCGAAGGGAAAGGUGAAAUUGAAUGAAGUACCAGAGAAUCUCCGCCGCGCCCUUAGUGAGGAGCAGGUCCGCCGUACUGCAAUACUUGACAGUGAGAAGGCAUCUGCCCUAACAACAGGGCACCACAUGGGUGAAUUAGGAUCCCAAUGUUACGUGACGGAGCUCUCUCCUGUUCCACGGAGUUUAUGGCGUAAAGAUGAGCCAAGAUUGUUGCCGCUGACACCUGAACAAACGCCGAAACGUCAGAAUGUUUCCUUUACGGAUCAUGCGGACCGGGUGUUGCUGGGGUUUACGGAGAAUGUUGGACAACUUGUGAUUGGCAAGGAUGGUGGACCAGCGUACCAACUCAAGCAUGUGCGUGAGGAGGAGUCCAAAGAGGAGGAUGAGAAGGAAGGAAUUAUUAGGUCAAACUCGAUGGAUCAGACGCAGCAACAGCCACGGGAAGCGUGCACCACUCAGGGUUUACCUUCACUUCCUGCAAGCAAAGAAAUGCCAGUACUUCUUCCUUCAAUUGCGAUUGCAGCAAUGCGGGACGCGGAGUGGUUUGACCCUGUCAGUUUGACCCGGACAAAAUUUGAUGAGGCGCCGCCAUCGUGGUCGUCGCAGCUACCAGAGAAGCCGCUGUCGUUUGAGACUUCGCGUCUUGAUUAUAUUCGGAAUUAUGACGCUAGAUCUGUAAGUCCCCCACGGGCAAUGAUCCACUGGACGCAGGCGAAGACACUUCUGUAA